CUUUCGGGAGGAGCGGGGGUGACCCCAGGAGUGGAAACAACUUUCCCAUCUUUUCUCUUCGCACAACUCGUGCUAUAGUGGGACGGGGACUGGCGGAGGGAAAGCACCUUCCUCUGUUAGAGCGGGCCCUGGAGAGAUGGCACUGCAGUCCCGGGCGGCCCCGACGGUGCUGGGCGCACGCUGGGCGGUGGAGGGCUUGGGCCGAAAGCAGGCACGAACGGGCCGGGAGCCGAAGCGCCGCAGGCUCCUUAUCAGCGCCCGAGGAUCGGGGCGUCGCCGCCCGUCGCCUUCAAAUCGGGCGCAGCCGCCUCUCCCGUCCCAGCCCGUCCCAUCCCGUCCUGUCCCAUCCCGUCCCAUCCCGUCCCGUCCGUCCUGUGCCGGCAGGAGAGCAGAGCCAUGCUGCACUGGGGAUACGACGAGCACAACGGGCCUGCCCACUGGAAGGAGGUUUUUCCUGUCGCUAAUGGAGACCGUCAGUCACCCAUCGACAUCAAAACUGAGGAAACCAAGUAUGAUCCCUCCCUCCGUCCUCUAAAUCCCAAUUACGAUCCAGCUUCUGCUAAAAUCAUCCUUAACAACGGGCACUCCACCAGUGUGGAGUUCGAUGACACCAUCAACAGAUCAGGUUCAUUCCAACUGAAUCGCUCAAAUCUCUUAUCUGAAUUUAGCUGCAGUGACGAUGAAUCUACCACAGCCUUUGUGCUGACUGGGGGGCCGCUCAGCGGGACCUACAGGCUGCGCCAGAUUCACUUCCAUUGGGGGUCCAAUGAUGAAGCCGGCUCUGAGCACGCGGUGGAUGGGAUGAAGUAUGCGGCAGAGCUUCAUGUGGUCCAUUGGAAUGCAGAGAAGUAUUCCAGCUUUGUUGAGGCAGCUCGUCAGUCAGAUGGAUUAGCAGUCAUGGCUGUAUUUCUGAAGAUUGGUGAAUGCAACCCUCAGCUGAAGAAGAUUACUGACCGCUUGGACACCAUCAGAAUCAAGGGUAAAAAAGCACUAUUCACAAACUUUGAUCCUAGCUGUCUGCUUCCCAAAUCCCUGGACUACUGGACUUACUUUGGCUCUCUUACCGUUCCACCUCUUCUUGAGAGUGUCAUCUGGAUUGUUCUGAGAGAACCCAUAAGUGUUUGUUCUGAACAGCUGGCCAAAUUCCGCAGCCUCCUGAGCACUGCUGAGGACGAGGUCGCCUGCUGCUUGCUGAGAAACUACCGGCCUCCCCAGCCUCUAAGAGGACGAGAAGUCAGAAGGAAUUAAAGGAGUAAAGCCAGAGUAGUCUCCCUCUGAAACCAAAGGCUGAAUUAAUUUUAAUAGUUAAUAUGCUUUGUGAUUUUUAAUUUUUUUUCUUGAGUUGUUGUAACAAAUAGGUGUUGUUUUAUUACUGGUUAUCAUGCAGUCAUUUCACACAGACAAGUAUGUCCUGCCUGAGCUGUUGCAGGUUCACUGACAUUAACAGGUCUGACUGUUUGAGUGCAUUGGUUUGGGAGCACAGAGGUCACUGCUAAUCAUAAGGGUCAGAUGUGGUAAAGGAGUUGCCCAGAAUUUCCCACCAAAUUACUGAACAGGAUGCCUGGUAUUAUUGGCAGUAUAGGAUGUUCUGGGUUUAUUCUUCUGGUCUCUAACAUAACAUUUAGCUUCUAUAUAGGACUUCACAAUGUAAUUCUCAAGGAAAAACUAUUUCAAUGAUAUUAUCAUUUCACUUUUCAACAAAAAGCAGUAAUGACUAACAGCAUUUAAGUAAAACAGAUGUUUAUAUGAUCCUGUUAUUCUGGCUGCUUCAUAGCAGGAAUCAUGUACUGAUUGAUGAUUUUUUAAAAAGCAAAUAGUAAGGAUUUUGUGUAUUACCUGAUCAUGUCAGGUGGAUUAGGUAUUCCUGAAUUUCAUAAUGUGUAGUGAUGAAAUUGUCCUGAAACCUGAAAACUGCAAGGUAGAAAGGCAUAAAGGGAAUUGUUUGGGUCUAAAUGUAGUCUGUUGCAUUUGGUGAACAAUAAGGGACUAACUAUAACACUAUAUCCAUGUAGCAUCAGACUUUUGCCACUUAAAAUCAGAAGGCAGGGGUGGCUGUUGCUCCAGACUCUUUCAUGCUAGAUGCUGCAGUGUGAUCCACAUGGUGCAUACCUCACACUAUGCAGUGGAGCACAGAACUGCUCAGGUCUGUAAUGUCUCAAGGUACUGGCUGUCAUAGUUGAACUUUGGUGGUUGCACUUAUAUGCUAAAGAGAAGACCAAAGAGAACAUUCAGAGAAAGCCAAAGAAAUUGGAAUCAAGUCAAUAUCUAAUAAAAAGCUCAGCCCUCAAUAGCAAUAUCUUGAAAUGUCCGUCUUUAUGAAUUGACUUGAGCCUGAGUUUCUCUCAGGAGCUUUUGUUAGCUGAAUAUAAUUGUUUGUUUUAUGCCAAAUUUAUUUUUAUUCUUUUUAAUGAACUUGCCAUAGGAUGUAGCUUAGGAUAGAAUUAGAUUUAGUCUCAAACUGGGAGAACUACAUAGUUACCAGUGGUACCUGGAAGAGGCAGCUAGAGGUUUCAUGGGUGGCAACUACCAUCAAUCUCUGUAGUACUUCUGACCAACUCAUCUUCUAUGAAUUAAUUUUUUUAUAGGCUCUGCCUUUUACCUCGGUGGGUCUUUUGAUCUUAGAUGGACAAACAUGAGGGAAAUCACAAUCAGGAUUGAAUUUAUAUGCCAUUUUAAUAAAUUAGACAUAGAGAUAUAGAUAUUUUUGCUUAGUUUAAGACAGGUGGACUUUGUUGUUUUCUCCUCCCCAGAAUAUAGCUAUUAUAUGCUGCAAGGCCUGCCGUCGCCUUUUGAAUGUUUUCUGAAGGAGAGCACAAAUAGACCAUUAGAGAAAUGAAAGGCAUUUAGCAGCAGCAGCAGGUACAAGUAUUAAACAAAGGGAAAAACCCUUUCUUUUUUGUUUUCUGGCAUAGGGAGAAGAAUGCAGAUAAAAAGACCUCAGGAUAGUUCGUUCUUAAAGGGCACGUCAGGAAAGUGUGCAUGGAGAAAGCGAGAGUGUGUUGUAUGUUUUCACACCCCUUUUUAGACUUAGUGUUGGUUUUGAUAUGUUUCCCUAUCAAGUGAGUAGCCUCAGAAGAAAAAGCAAUAAGGCUACUGCUUCAUAUCAUAAACAAAAGUUUUAUAUGUUUCUUGCAUAUUGAAAACAAUGGAGUUGAUCCAUUGCUUUGAUAUUUAUAAGAAUUUUAUCAAAAUAAAAAAUUGAUUUUA